AUGGAGGUUCGAGACAGCGGGAGCUUCAUGCGCGGGAGGGAAGGGUGGGAGGUUAAGGAGUGUAGAGGGCGAAUGGUGAGAAGAAGUGAUGGGAGAUUGGGGGGAAGUAGGUUGUGGUUCGGGUAG